AUGGUGCGUCCCCUCAUCUACAACACAUCUGAGGAGAAGAAGAAUGCAGCUCGAGUUUACAGAAGGACGUAUUAUGAAAGGAAGAAAGAGGAAAUCAGCAUCAAAAUGGCAGCCAAGUACCGAGCUAAAAAGAUGGUCAGCCAAGUCAUGGAUUCUGGGUGUCAGGUCUCGUCCUCUGCAUCAGGAGGACACACGCAGAUUCCGCCAAAGUUAUCCUGCUUAACCGUCAAGAAACUUUCACACCCUGUAAUUUGUGGUGUCAAUGUCGCCGAGGCCAGCCUCCUGACUUGUUUGAUAUUCAACACACUGUACACGCAGAUGAUUUGGGGCCUCGGGGACCAACAGAUUGUCCUCGCAAUGCUUUCGGAUCGUCUGGAAAUACUUGAGUCCAUUCAGGAAUACGUAUGGUCAUCUCAUGGGGGGAAGUCUCAUUUCUCCGCUGCAAUCACAGAGCGUCUCAGUAAUCUGUCUCAUCAAUGCAAAUUGGUGACUGCUGCCACCGAAGAGCUCUGGUGUUAUGCAGCUGCGUCGGGCAGCUUCAUGCCCCAACUCAUCUCAAUCAAUGUCUGUUCCUUACCGAUGAAACCUCUUCCCCUCCAAUAUAUCCAGGAGCAAUUCCUUCUGUCUCGCUUGGACGAAUUCUUCGCGAUACGCGAUCCGUCUCAACGGAGUUAUUUCUUCAGGGCACUCUUUUCGUGUUGGUUUGCGCAUUGGCCUGAAGAAAAAGCUCUGUUUCCCAGUAUACCAUUCCAUAAACUUACUCCAGCGCAGUCGAGUGCAGUGGGUGUUGCAGUGAAAAAAUGCCGCGAGAUGGGCUACAAGUGGACAACAAAAGACCAAAGAGAAUUCCUGGAGACGUUCCUCCCCGAGUACCAUGAACACAUGGUCGACAAAACUUACGAUCCAGUGCUGAAAAAAGCCUGGCGGGGAUUCUUUGAGCAUUGGCCAGAGCGCAGUGUCAUCCUUGCGCACGUGCCAGCAGAUCAAAGACUGACAGAAGAACAAGAAGAACACUUAAAAGAGGCGGUCAGUAAACAACAAGCGCAAAUCACAAGUUGGUACCGGUGGCAGAAUAAUGUGUCACGUUUGAGCCGUACCAGUGGGACAAAGGGGGUGCUCAAAUUUGACAUAGUGCUGGCAGGUGGGGUAGAAUUGAGUGGUGCACGUGCCCCCAAGAAGAUGCAUAUCUACUCACAUGAGUAUUAUGCGAAGAAAUUGAACAAGCGCCUUGCUAUAACUCAAGAAAAGUUCGAGGCGGAAAGUGACGAGGUGAAGGAAGAGGUUGAGAGGAAGUAUAGAAAGGCGAAAGCGAAGUUCGCUAGAGCUCGUGAGCGCUUGAAGGAUGGUAAGAUGCUGAAGGUUGAUACAAAUACAAAAGUCAAGGCCAUCCGGGAACUAGGUCCAAUGCUGGAUUGUGUAUUCUGUUACCUGUCUCACGCAACCGGCGGCUGGAAGUUUUCGGUCCUCAUGGCCGGGCCUGACCCCACAAAGGGUGGAACAGUGGUAUAUGACUAUCACAUAGGCGAACUCGGGAACAGUGCUCAAUUCAACACAUUUUGCGACAAGUUCGAUGGCAUCCAGCAAGCAUUCUUGGAAUUUACUAACAGCGCGCUUGCAUUUGAAGCUACUCUCCCUCAAGACGACGACGACGACGACGACUCAGAGAGCGAUGACAACACCGAUAAUGAGAUGAACAGCAUUCCAACCAAUUCAGUGGAGGACACAGCUGAAGCUGGCAGCAGUGGUGGUGUUGGUGUUGGGGCCUCGAACUUCAACUUUCACACAGACGAUCUAUACAGGAUCUCACCUGAUUCGUUCAACAACAAGUCACAAGAGCUUUCUGCAUUAGCCAAUAAUGCACGCCUGGGUCUCUUGUCGCAUGAGCAGCCACAGUCUACGUUACCUGAUGCAUUAGCCGAUAAUGCACGCCUCGGUUUCUUGUUGCAUGAGCAGCAGUCUAUGUUACCCGACCAAUACUCCAACCUCAAUUUCGACUUGGACCCCAACAUACUAGCUUUGAUGGCUGGCGGUGAUGCUCAGAUUCAGUUGCCUCCCCUGAGCCCUUUCACCCCGGGAUCUUCAAUCACUGCUGACGGCCUCGACGAUGAUGCCCAGAUCCAAGCGCAUCACUCAAAUCCAUUCACCCCGAGCUCUUCAAUCUCUGAGCUGCCACUUGUAUUACCUCCUCCACCAACUCCCCCGCAAACACCGCAAGUUUGUCUGCCUCUGGUUCCCAUUGAGCCCAUCCAAGACAUGGAUCUAGAUGUACCUGUGCCUUCUUCCCCUGCUAACCAGCGUCAACGUGCAAGGGCACCUGCAGCACAACAGCAGGUGCAGCUUCAAGAAGACGAACCUCGUCAACGCUGCGCACGCAAUGUUGCCUUCAACAGGCGUGAGCUCGACAAUGCCAUUGGCUCUAACUCCAGCACCAAACAGAAAUGA